UGCACACUCAAGGGGGCCAAAUUACCGGGCUCUUCAAAGAGAGCCAAGCCGCCAAGGGGGAACCUGAUAAGGUCAAGGCUUCGUUUGUUGAUGCCGAAAAGAGGAUCAUCGAGGGUAGCCAAUUCAGAGCAAACUUGUGCCUUCUUCACUCAAGAAUUGGACAAGUUAAGGAUUGAGUUGGAGGCCAAAAAGUUGUCGGAGCAAGAGAUUGUCAAUCGAUGCGUCGACACAUCCUGGUGGCCUUAGAGGAGAAUAAGAGGGAGUACUUCAAGAUUGGGUAGGAUGAGGCACUUCGGGCAGUCGGGGUCCUUAUCGAGUCCCCACUCUUCAAGGAGCACGAGUACAUACCCUUCGAGGAGAUGGUGCAAGUUGCAGCCGAGGUUGUGGCUGAGGUGUCGGGGCGCCUCAAGUUCCAAAUCCAGCUCCUUCAGCCGAGAAUGCGACCCCAACUCCGGCCCCUCGGGAUGAUGCUACUCUUGUGUUUGCCGAUGCUUCAGUCGAGGUUGCUCCUGUCUCUGCCGACGUCGAGCCUGCCCCUCAGGACGAAGCUUCUAUGGUAUGCACCGACAUAACGUCUUCCUCUCAUAGCACCGACUCCUUCUCCACCAGCAUUGAUGAGCUUUUUGGUGGCAUCAGAGGUGGUAUCAGUGGCAAGGUUACUAGCCCACCAUAGAGCAGCUUUUUGUUUUUUUUUGUUUUGCAACUUAAUUUUCAAUUCUUGUAGCUUGAGGGACGUAAAGCCCUCCUUUUUGGAAUGCAAGGGUGUUUUUUUCUUUUGCUAAGUGUUGCUUUCUUUUCCUUUCUUGUCUUUGCCAUCAGGGCCAAGUCUUUUACUGGGGACCUCAACAUUAGAGAUGACAGUGGACCAGAGAAAAAUGGGUAUUCGUCCAAACCCGUCCCGUUUGGACCAGGGAUGGAUUAUACGUAUUGGACGGUGGACGUAUACGAGAUAUCCGUAUAAACCUGUGUGGGGAUGGACUUACUCUUACCCCCGCCCCGUCCCCGUUAUACCCGUUAAAUCCUAAGGCGCCUAAGUUACUCUUCCUCCCCUAUUAGCACCUCCCCCCUCUCUCUCUCUCUCACACACACACUCCUCUUCGAGACUCUCGCCUCUCACCUCUCUCUGUUUCUCUCAGUCGAUUGAUCCCUAGUGCCUCCUCCUCUUUGAGUCCCAGAGACUCUCGCCCCUCUCGCUGUCUUAUCUUC